CACAAGUCACCUCCACACCUUAAUUUUCCAAAGUCCUAAAACCCCUUCAACCCGCCGCCGACGUAGAGUUGCAAUUCGCUAAUCUCGAAAAUCAUUGUUCGGCUGUCGUUACUUUUUGGUCGUAAGCCGUCGAAUUCCUGUUUUGUAAAAGGUCAUGAAUUUCAACAAUGUGAAAGUCCCCAAGAUGCCAGCGGGUGGUCCUGCUGGUGCUUUAGUUAAGUUCGGUGUAUUUGCUGGUCUUGGUGUUUAUGGUAUUGCUAACAGUCUUUACAAUGUUGAUGGAGGACAUCGUGCAAUUGUCUUCAAUCGUUUAGGUGGUAUCAAAGAAAAGGUUUAUCCCGAAGGAACACAUUUGAUGGUACCCUGGUUUGAGAGACCAAUCAUUUACGAUGUUCGUGCUCGACCUCAUUUGGUGGAAAGCACUUCUGGAAGCCGUGACCUCCAAAUGGUAAAAAUUGGCCUUCGAGUUCUGACCCGUCCCGUGGCAGAUGAAUUGCCUACUAUUUAUCGUACACUUGGUGAGAACUUCAAUGAAAGAGUACUGCCAUCCAUUAUCCAUGAAACCUUGAAAGCUGUUGUUGCCCAAUACAAUGCCAGUCAGCUCAUCACUCAGAGAGAGGCUGUCAGUAGAGAAAUAAGGAAGAUAUUAACAGAGAGAGCAGCAAAUUUUAAUAUGGCUCUGGAUGAUGUGUCCAUUACUACCCUCACAUUUGGAAAGGAGUUCACUGCUGCUAUAGAAGCCAAGCAGGUGGCUGCACAAGAAGCUGAAAGGGCUAAAUUUGUUGUCGAGAAGGCUGAACAAGACAAAAGAAGUGCCAUAAUCCGUGCUCAGGGAGAAGCCAAGAGUGCUCAGCUGAUUGGUCAAGCCAUCUCCAACAACCCAGCAUUUAUCACACUAAGGAAAAUAGAAGCUGCCAGAGAAAUUGCAAGCACCCUCUCUAAUGCUUCCAACAAGGUCUUCCUGAAUUCUGGUGAUCUUCUCCUGAACCUCCAGGAAAUGAAACUCUAGAAGAAACAAAAACAGGUUGGUUGGUUACUACUGCCUUUUUCAGUUUAAAAUGCCUGGAGCGAACAGCUGGGCUUCUUAGUUUUCUCUUCAUGCACGGAGUUGUGAGAAUUUAACUAUGAGAAAAACCUUGUGUAAAUCUCUUGAGAAAUUGUGAUGGUCUUGAGAUGGAUUUCCUAUUACAGUGUUGACUAUUAAUUUGUUUGCCCUAUUCAACAAGUUAAUUCCUCCUUUGAUCAUA